AGGCGGAGCCCACGUCGCCCUUCUGCCAGUGGUGGGCCCCACGAUCGUCCCGGGUUCCCCUGCCCCGAGCCCCUCCGCUGCGCCCGCUCCGGCUCCUCGCGAUGGCUCUCCCGGGCCCGGGCUCCCGGCUCCUACUCCUCCUGCUCCUGCUCCUGGUUCUGCCACCGCCGCCCACGACGGCCACUUCGGAUCGUCCCCGGGGCGGAGACCCGGUCAACCCAGAGAAACUUCUGGUGAUCACCGUGGCCACCGCUGAGACCGAGGGGUACCGGCGUUUCCUGCGGUCUGCCGAGUUUUUCAACUACACUGUGCGGACCCUGGGCCUGGGAGAGGAGUGGCGAGGGGGUGAUGUGGCUCGAACAGUGGGGGGCGGCCAGAAAGUCCGCUGGCUGAAGAAGGAAAUGGAGAAGUACGCAGACCGGGACGAUAUGGUCAUCAUGUUUGUGGACAGCUAUGAUGUGGUCUUGGCGGGCAGCCCCGUGGAGCUUCUCCGCAAAUUCGUGCAAAGUGGCAGCCACUUGCUCUUCUCCGCGGAGAGCUUCUGCUGGCCCGAGUGGGCGCUGGCCGAGCAGUACCCAGAGGUAGACACUGGGAAGCGCUUCCUCAACUCUGGUGGCUUCAUUGGUUUUGCCCCCACUAUCCACCGCAUAGUGCGCCAAUGGAAGUACAAGGAUGAUGACGAUGAUCAGCUGUUCUACACGAGGCUCUACCUGGAUCCUGGGCUGCGGGAGAAACUCAACCUUAACCUGGACCACAAAUCCCGGAUCUUCCAGAACCUCAAUGGGGCUUUAGAUGAAGUGGUGUUGAAGUUUGAUCGGAACCGGGUGCGGAUCCGGAAUGUGGCUUACGACACGCUCCCUGUCGUCAUCCACGGGAAUGGACCCACAAAGCUGCAACUCAACUACUUGGGGAACUAUGUCCCCAACGGCUGGACCCCCGAGGGGGGCUGUGGGUUCUGUGAGCAGGACCGAAGGCCACUUCCAACAGGACAGCCUCUGCCCCGUGUGCUCCUAGCUGUGUUUGUGGAGCAGCCGACCCCGUUCCUGCCCCGCUUCCUGCAGCGCCUUCGGCAGCUCGAUUACCCACCAGACAGAGUCACCCUCUUUCUGCACAACAACGAGGUGCACCAUGAGCCCCACGUGGCCGAUGCGUGGCCCCAGCUUCGGGAUCACUUUUCAGCUGUGAAGCUGGUGGGACCCGAGGAGGGUUUGAUGCCUGGAGAGGCCAGGGACAUGGCGCUGGACAGCUGUCGGCAGGAUCCCAACUGUGACUACUACUUCAGCCUGGAUGCAGACACGGUCCUCACGCACCCGCAGACCCUGCGCAUCCUCAUAGAAGAGAACAGGAAGGUGAUCGCGCCCAUGCUGUCCCGCCACGGGAAGCUGUGGUCCAACUUCUGGGGCGCCUUGAGCCCUGACGAUUACUAUGCUCGCUCCGAGGACUACGUAGAGCUGGUGCAGCGCAAGCGUGUGAGCGUGUGGAAUGUGCCCUACAUCUCACAGGCCUACCUGAUCCGGGGGUCCACGCUGCGAACUGAGCUGCCCCAGAAAGUCGUGUUCUCCAGCAGCGACAGUGACCCCGACAUGGCCUUCUGCAAGAGCCUGCGUGACAAGGGCAUCUUCCUUCACCUCAGCAACCAGCAGGAGUUCGGCCGCCUCCUGGCCACGUCCCACUACGACACUGACCACCUGCACCCUGACCUCUGGCAGAUCUUUGACAACCCCGUGGACUGGAAGGAACAAUACAUCCAUGAGAACUAUAGCCGGGCCCUGGAAGAUGGAGAAUUCGUGGAACAGCCGUGCCCUGAUGUCUACUGGUUCCCGCUGCUCUCGGACCAAAUGUGUGACGAACUGGUGGAGGAAAUGGAGCACUUUGGCCAGUGGUCUGGAGGUCGCCACGAGGACUCGAGGCUGGCAGGGGGCUACGAGAAUGUGCCCACUGUGGACAUCCAUAUGAAGCAGGUGGGGUACGAGGCCCAGUGGCUGCAGCUGCUGCGGACAUAUGUGGGGCCCAUGACCGAGAGCCUAUUUCCCGGGUACCACACCAAGACGCGGGCAGUGAUGAACUUUGUGGUCCGCUACCGGCCUGAUGAGCAGCCAUCCCUGCGACCCCACCACGACUCAUCCACGUUCACCCUCAAUGUUGCCCUCAACCACAAGGGCCUGGACUAUGAGGGUGGUGGCUGCAGAUUCCUGCGCUAUGACUGUGUGAUCUCGUCUCCACGGAAGGGCUGGGGGCUCCUGCACCCCGGCCGGCUCACCCACUACCAUGAGGGGCUGCCCACGACGCGGGGGACACGCUACAUCAUGGUGUCCUUUGUGGACCCCUGAUCCCAGCCUCAUCCAACACACUGUGCCUUCUUCCACCUCGGGGGUGGGGGUGAGCCCCUUCCUUGCUUCCUGUGCGCCUGGGAUUGAAUGUGUCGCCCCAUUCCCAUGGCCCCCUGGAAGCUCCAGAAUCCCCCUGACUUCCCUUGGUCCCUUAAGAUUUCAGGGGAUUCAGGGACCAGAGGAGUUCCCUGUGUGAUAAGUUAUUUUCUUGGCUUCCUUCCUGCCCAAUAAAGGGAGAUUUGUAA